AUGGAUUUCCCCGUCUCAAAGAUCGGCUCUUCCAUAACUGCAAUAUUCACCUUGUUUUUAAUUUUCUACUUGUGGUUCAGGUCUAAAGGUAGCAAAAACAAUGAACCGCCAGAAGCUGGUGGCUCCUGGCCUUUCAUAGGCCAUCUCCACCUCAUAGGAGGCGGCUCUAGGCUACCCCACAUCACUUUGGGAGCAAUGGCGGACAAGUACGGACCGGCUUUUACAAUCCGGCUCGGUGUACACCGAACCCUAGUGGUGAGCAGUUGGGAACUGGCUAAAGAACUGUUCACCACCUGGGAUGUGGCUAUAUCUUCACGUCCGAAAUUUGUUGCAGCUAAACACAUGGGUUAUAACUUCGCCAUGUUUGCAUUCUCCCCUUACGGGGCAUAUUGGCGGGAAAUACGAAAACUAAUAGCUGUAGAAUUAUUCUCUAUCCGCAGUCUGGAACUCCUUAAACAGGUACGUGUUUCAGAAACUGAGCUAUCCAUGAAAGAGCUUUACGAGUUCUGGAACGCGAAGAAAGAUGAGUCCGGCCAGGUAUUGAUGGAAAUGAAGCAAUGGUUUGGGUACUUGAACUUGAAUGUUGUUAUUAGAAUGGUUGCUGGAAAGAGAUAUUUUGGUGCAACUGCUGAUGGGGAUAAAAUAGAGGCAAGACAGUGCCAGAGGGUCUUGAGGGAUUUCUUUCAUUUGGCUGGACUUUUUGUUGUGGCUGACACUAUCCCUUUUCUUGGGUGGUUGGAUUUAGGUGGAUAUGAGAAAAAAAUGAAAGAAACUGGAAAAGAAAUGGAUAAAAUUGUUGAGAAAUGGUUGGAAGAGCACAAGCAAAAGGAAAAUUCUGGUAGUAAGCAGGAUUUCAUGGAUGUCAUGCUUUCAGCUGUAGAAGUCACUGCCCUUCAAGAUUAUGAUCCUGGUACAAUUGUCAAAUCCACUUGCCUAAGUUUAAUUGCCGGUGGAGGUGACACAAUCACAGUUAUGCUAGUAUGGGCACUAUCCUUGUUAUUGAACAACCGCCAUGUGUUGGAAAAGGCUCAACAGGAAUUAGACAUCCAUAUUGGAAAGGAAAGACGAGUAAAAGAAUCAGAUAUCCACAAGCUAAUCUAUCUCCAAGCCAUCGUCAAAGAAACAUUACGGUUGUACCCUGCUGGAUUCUUAGGUAGCCCGAGAGAAUUCUCCGAAGACUGCAAACUAGCCGAUUACCAUAUUCCAAAAGGCACUAGGCUAAUCAUUAACUUGUGGAAGAUACAAAGAGACCCUCAAGUAUGGUUUGACCCAUUGGAGUUUAGACCGGAGAGAUUCCUCACGACUCAUAAGGAUUUCGAUGUCAAGGGUCAGAAUUUCGAAUUGAUCCCAUUUGGAGCCGGUCGAAGAAUUUGCCCUGGCAUAGCAUUUUCCCUUCACAUGUUACACCUAGUCAUGGCUAAUUUGUUGCAUGCAUUCGAGCUGUCAACUCCUUCUCAUAAAUCGGUCGAUAUGACUGUGAAUGCAGGACUAACAAAUAUGAAAGCAACUCCACUAGAUGUUCUUCUUUCUCCAAGGUUAUCUCAUACUCUUUAUUGA